AUGUCAGCGUCCGUGAACCCUUCUCAGACGUCAGCAAGGCCUUGGACUUCAAGUCAAAGGAAUGCUACUACUUCAGGGAAGAGUGAUAGAUCAGCAAUGGCAAAAAAAAUGUCAUCUUUAGGAAGUUGUAAUAUUUGUAAAAUAGUGGGUCAUCGAUCUAACGAGUGUCCGCUAAGAGUGUGUUAUAACUGCAACCAACAAGGUCAUUAUGCCGCAGAAUGUAAAGAAAAGACUAAAAAAGCGACAAACGAAGCUUGUCAGGUUAGUGGAACCAAGGGGACAGUGUUUUCACGUUGUCCCAACUGUGUUAAAGUAAGAGAGAUGUUGAGAAACGAGAAAGGGGGGGAUAGUGGCUUUAUCCUCCCCAACUGA